AUGGACGUACCAACAGUGGACGGCCUAGAGAUCAUUGACUUCACCAAAAAAGGAGAGGAAGGAUCACAGCAUCCCAUUGAAAUACGGCUCACGAACGGAAGGAAAGUACUUGUACACCAAGAAAAUGCUUACGAGAAUUACUACCAAGACGGCCGCUCCUUUGAUGACGUGGAUUCAGCGGCAGAUUCGUUACUCCGAUUUGAAUUCAAUUUUCAGUUGCACAAGGAUGGACU